AUUCAUUCACAARAUUCUUUUUUGUUCAAGCAAAUCAUUUUAGACGUGUAGUUCCUUAUUUUGUUGUUGUUGAGAAAUGCAUUUUAUUUACGGUAUUUAUUCCUUAUGUUUGUUGGCUGUGGCCAAUGCUUUGUAUGGUCCAAGUUCUGAUGUUGUAGAACUUACUGCUAAUAACUUCAAUAAUAGAGUUUUAAACGAUGACUCAGUGUGGAUGGUAGAAUUUUAUGCACCUUGGUGUGGGCAUUGUAAAGCACUAGCCCCUGAAUGGUCUAAAGCAGCUACAGCUUUAAAGGGAAUUGUAAAAGUUGGAGCUGUUGACAUGGAUGUCCAUCAGUCAGUUGGUGGACCUUACAAUAUCAGAGGAUUUCCUACAAUUAAGAUAUUUGGAGCAAACAAGCAGUCUCCUAAAGAUUAUAAUGGACCUCGUUCUGCACAAGGAAUUGUUGAUGAGGCUAUGAGAGCAGCCAGAGAUGUAGUAUCAGGCCGACUAUCUGGAGGAGGACGUAGCUCUGGYGGUGGCAAAAAGAGUGGUGGUAGUGGAGGCAAGGAUGCAGUCAUUGAGUUAACUGACUCAAACUUUGAAAAACUUGUACUGGAAAGCAAAGAUCUGUGGCUUGUUGAAUUCUUUGCUCCAUGGUGUGGCCAUUGUCARAGACUAGCACCUGAAUGGGCCAAAGCUGCUAAAGAAUUAGAAGGGAAGGUCAAGCUUGGAGCUGUUGAUGCCACAGUUCACACUGUUCUUGGAAGCCGUUAYCAAGUUCAGGGUUAUCCUACUAUUAAAGUGUUUGCUGCUGGUGUAAAGGAUUCUAGAAGUGUAGAGGAUUACCAAGGAGGUCGUACGGCUUCAGAUAUUGUACAAUAUGCCCUAGACAGGGCUGCUGACUCCAUUGAACCACCAGAAAUCCAACAAGCCAUUGAAAGCAAGAUCUURACUGAAAACUGCAAUGAUAAGCCACUAUGUGUUGUUUCAUUCUUGCCUCACAUUUUAGAUUCUGGUGCUGAAGGACGAAACAAGUACUUGUCUGUGCUCAAAGAACUUGGUGAGAAAUACAAAAAGACAAGAUGGGGUUGGCUCUGGUCAGAAGCUGGUGCUCAGCCAAAGCUUGAAGAAGCAUUUGAAGUUGGUGGAUUUGGAUACCCAGCUCUGGUAGCCGUAAACUCACGCAAAAAGAAGUUUGCUACCCUGAGAGGCUCCUUUGAUCGUUCUGGGAUUGAUGAGUUCUUGAGAACCGUUUCUGUAGGUCGUGGCUCAACAACUCCUUUAAGAUCUGACUCUUUACCUGAACUUGCAAAGAUUGACGCUUGGGAUGGAAAAGAUGGUGAGGUUCCUCAGGAAGAAGAUAUUGACUUGUCUGAUGUUGAUUUGGAUGAACCAGAGAAAACAAAGGAAGAAUUAUAAAAACAGACUAUAUUAGGAUUUUAUAAUGUUUUUUUCAAAAUUCUGGAUUUGCUUUGUUUCCAUGAAAGGAUCUUUUCUUUAAUAUUUUGACAUCAAUUGAUGUUACCUGUUGUUAUUAAGUGUUGUUUUGCAAAAAAGUAUGUAAUCUAAGAUAAAAUGCAUGAGCAACCUUGUACACGCUUUUCAUGCAUGCUGUUAUCAGAAAAAUUAAAAUAAUUUCUAKAGACGUCAAAGUUCCUCUCUUUGAUAAACAAGUGUUUUGAUGUAGGUCCAGAACAAUUCUUAGCAAGGGGAUUUAUCCUGUGGUYGCAUGUUUUUAUGUUCUUGUAAGCUUAGUAAUGUUAUUUACAUUGUUGAGAUUGAAAACAUGAAACCAUGAUUUUGAGUCAUA